AUGAAUCCUGAACUUCAAAAACAUAAAAUCAAGUAUAAUACUACGAGAAACGAUUGGAAAUCCGGUGCUCCGACUACAAAAUUACCAAUUUGGGCACAGACAACAAAUACUGACAAAAACAAUAUAAUUGAUGAUGAUGACGAUGACCAUACCACUGAUGAUGGGAAUAAAGGUAGUACUCCAAAUGACAAUGAUUCAUCGGAAACCCAUUCAGCUGAGGAUGCAAACACGACUGAGGGUCAAGACGAUACUACCACAGACGGGAGUGGUUCAACCCAAGAUAGCAGUGAUGACGCAUCUAACUCUACUGAUGCUAAUAAUACUUCAAAUGCUGCUGAUACUGAAACAGCUAACGAUAACGGAACUGUCGAUGGUACCACUGAUGAUAAUGCUAAACCUGCAGAAUAA